CCUUCGACCUAGCAACAAUCCCAGUUGCAAAGUUCAAUAAUAUUCCACGCACAGAGAAUUAAGCCAUGGAGGAUUAUUCUGUUCUUCAACCUCUGCCUAUGGCACUCUUUUUCGCGGCCUCUCUUUCGUUUCUGCUCGGCCUGAUCUUCAGGUUCCGCCGGAGGUUGCCCUUCCCACCGGGCCCAAAAGGCCUGCCCUUCAUCGGCAACAUGCUGAUGAUGGACCAGCUCACCCACCGGGGGCUCGCCAAGCUCGCCCACCGCUACGGCGGAAUCUUCCACAUGCGCAUGGGGUUCCUACAUAUGGUUGCUGUUUCCGACCCGGAGGUCGCCCGCCAAGUUCUUCAGGUGCACGACGGCAUCUGUUCAAACCGUCCGGCCAGCAUCGCCAUAAGUUACCUGACGUACGAUCGUGCCGACAUGGCUUUCGCCCACUACGGCCCUUUCUGGCGACAGAUGCGUAAGCUGUGCGUCAUGAAGUUGUUCAGCCGUAAGCGAGCCGAGUCCUGGGAGUCCGUCCGGGACGAGGUCGACACCACCGUCACAAAAGUCACCCUCCACGCCGGAACCGCCGUGAACAUCGGCGACUUAGUGUUUCAACUCACCCGAGAUAUUAUAUACAGAGCCGCAUUUGGGACCACCACCAUCCAGGGCCAGCACGAGUUCAUAGAACAAAAAACUGCCGCCAUUUAA